AUGCCCGAGCGUUCCGCCCUCCACUUCUUGCUGUGCGAAGUUGCCGGUCUGCCUUCCGUGGCACAACUCGUCGGUGUGGCAGUUGGCAUGCGCGUCGAGCUGCGACACCUCGACCGUAGCCCCAUCGCCGACAUCAUCAUCGAUAACUUUCACCGACUGCCUGACCCAUACCCGGACCUGCUCAACGCCGAGCAUGCAGGUAGACCACCUGUGCUUCCUCAACUCCCGGCACAGGUUCCGCUUCACCCGGUCGCUCGCAUUACCGAGGCAGACGAGACCCGCUUGCGCACGCUCCUCCAGCUCGUGGGUGCUUCGGUCGGACUCCAGGCCCACCAGCAAGGCCCGCCUGCAGCCCCGCUCGGCGUUGCCGCCAACCAGGCCCCGCCCGCUGGCACUCCGGCUUCGGUGGCUGCCCCAGUCUGCCCGUACCGCCACCGACGUGCCGAGGACUACAACGUCUCUAUCUUGAAGCUGUCAUAA